AUGGAGUAUGAUAAUGUGUUCUUGAGUGUUGCACAAAGCUGCGAAAAUGGAAUACAAGGAUUGUUGGAUGCCUUUUUUGGCUUUCUUUCCAGACGAACAGAUUUUUAUUAUGGAGCCACAGAGAAAGACGCCAAACGUCUGGUUCUUGACAAUUUUACAAAACAUCGUGAUGCUGCUUUAGCACGUCAUGAAGAGGAAAAAAAAGAAUUACAUGAACGAGAGGAACGUGAACGUAAACGAAAAGCUGAAAGAGAACAAGAAGCAAUUAAAGCGAAUCUUGCCGCAGCAAAAGAGUUAAAUUCAGAUGAUAAAUUAAAUGGAACAAAUGAGCAACACGUGCCAGAAGUACCAACUACAUUACCAGAAACAGAAACAAAGCCAUCACUUGAAAAAGGUGAUCUGCCUAAACCAAUCAAAGUUGGUCCGUCUCCUGAUGAAGAAGAAGAUGAAGAAGACAAGGGAAAAUUGAAACCGAAUGAAGGAAAUGGUGCAGAUCUACCAAAUUAUAGCUGGUAUCAGACAUUAGGUGAAGUGGAUAUCAAAGUUCCAACACGUCUACCUCAUCGCAUUAAAUGUCGUGAUGUUUAUGUGAAAAUUGACAGAAGGCAUAUCAAGAUUGGUUUAGUGAACAAAGAACCAAUUUUAUCCGGGAAGUUGUAUAAUGAAGUUAAGGUUGAAGAAUCUUCCUGGAGUCUUAUCGAUGGACUUACUAUAUCUGUGAAUCUUGAAAAAGUUAACAAAAUGGAAUGGUGGAGUCGUAUUUGUGAAGGUGAACCAGAAUUAAAUACACGUAAAGUUCAACCGGAAAAUUCCAAACUCUCCGAUUUAGACGGUGAAACACGAUCGAUGGUUGAAAAAAUGAUGUAUGAUCAACGUCAAAAAGAACUCGGUCUGCCUACAUCAGAAGAUCAGAAAAAACAAGAAAUGUUAAAAAAAUUUAUGGCUGCUCAUCCAGAAAUGGAUUUUUCCAAAUGUAAAUUCUCUUAA